GGUUAAGCACACCGAACCCACACACGCCAGUUGUUCCCCUUCCGGAGUAGAAAAAGCUGUGUAAAUUGUAGCAGGAGAUGAAAUAGAUUCGGUAUCCAGCAGAGGCUUUGAGUCGAACAAGAAAAAAAGGAAUGUACUUAUUAUCGUCUUCACUAAUGGUUCGACGCUUUUGCUGUUUCAACGCAACCCACUGUUUGUCUUCCUCUGCCAACUCUUCUACUCAAAAGAAGCAACUCGUCUUCCUCGGUUCUCCUCAAGUCUCUGCUUCUGUUCUUGAUGCUCUUUUCAAUGCAUCUUCUGCCCCAGGCUCUUUAUUUGAGGUUGCUGCAAUUGUUACUCAACCUCCUUCUGGAAGAGACCGAGGAAGAAAGGUGAUGCCUUCACCAGUUGCACAGCAUGCUCUUGAUAGAAGCUUUCCUUCUGAUUUGAUUUUCACACCUGAAAGAGCUGGUGAGGAAACAUUCUUGUCCAAUUUAAAAGCUCUGCAGCCAGAGCUUUGCAUUACAGCAGCAUACGGGAAUAUUUUACCUAACAAAUUUCUCAAGAUUCCUCCAUUGGGGACAGUCAACAUACACCCAAGCCUGCUGCCUCUGUACCGUGGUGCUGCUCCUGUUCAAAGAGCUUUGCAGGAUGGCGUAAAAGAAACGGGAGUAUCGUUAGCAUUCACCGUUCGGGCAUUGGAUGCUGGACCUAUCAUUGCUUGUGAAAGAAUGGAAGUUGAUAAUCAGAUUAAGGCACCAGAUUUACUUGCUUUUCUAUUUUCUCAAGGAUCUAAACUUCUGAUCCAUGAGCUUCCCUCUAUAUUUGACGGAUCAGCAAGGGUGAAAGCACAACCUCAGGAUGACUCUCAAGCUACUUUGGCUCCAAAGAUUAGUCCCGAGGAGUCAUGGCUGUCCUUUGAUCAAGAAGCUAUAGUCCUACAUAACAAGGUUCGGGCAUUUUCAGGGUGGCCGGGGACCCGAGCUAGAGUAGUGGCCGUCGACAGCGGAAGUGGUCAGCAGAAUAUUCUGGAGCUUAAAAUUAUUACUACAAGAGUUUGCAGCAGUGACAAUGUUCAGGGUCUCGAAGUUGAUAAUGUGACUUUCAGUAAAGGUGCAUUGAUAUUCCCAUGCAGUAGGCACACAGCGCUUGAGGUACUGGAGGUUCAGCUUCCGGGUAAGAAAGUAGUGAAUGCAGCUGCAUUUUGGAAUGGUUUGAGAGGCCAGCAGCUAAAGAAGUUGUAUUAAACGAAGUGUUUCAUUUGUUGGCAAUGCAAGUGAGAAAAUCCAUUUCAUUUUGCGGUGGCAUUAAUGGGUCGUGUAUCUGAUGAAGCAAAGGCUCAGCCUAGUUCGAUUGCAAUACAUAAGAAGUUUAUUCAAAUUGGUUUUGACCCGGCUAGAAUUUCUGAAAGAAACACAGUUUUCUCUGUCAUGUUCCUUAAUUUCUUCAAUGUUAACUUUGUAAUGUUUUGAGUGGUUUUCUUGGUUUUUGGUUUUAAACUCAAUUUGAUGCUCUGUUUCUGUGAAUACGAUUUGGCUGCUAGCUGCUAAACUAUUGUCAGAAGUGAAUCAAAUUUUGAUUUGAGCAAAGUA